UAAAUAAAUAUUUGAUUGCUUUUUUUUUAUAUUCAUAUGCUUAAGACGCCCAAUAUAAUAAAAGGUACUAAUAUAAUUAAACGUGAUCGAUGAAACGAAAAAGAUUUUUAAGAGAAUAUUUCUCUUUUAAUAUUUUUAUGAAAUAAUAAUAUUUCGUUGUAUUUGUAUUAACGCGUUACGAAAAUAGUCUUCUUGAAUGAGUUGCGAAUUCAAAAAGGUGAUUGUUAAUGCGUAAGCAUUAAUGUCUAAGAAAGAUGAAAUGCAAUUACUUUUCCUUCCAGUUAUUCUAUUAGAUGAGAAAAUAUGUUUCAACGGUGGUUGAUGGUGUGCGAAUAAGAUAAUCCACAUAGUAGAAACAGUGAUUUUCACUCGGCAUUUAUGAAGGAGUAGGAGAUAAAGGAGAAUACGGCCUUCUUCCGCCAAUUGGACACAGGGGAUGCGAUGACUCAUGACUUGACGACUACAUUGAGGAGCGAGCUGGCAGCUCUCGAAUACAAGCGAGACAGGCUGAUGUUCGAGCUGCAGGAUAUGAAAAACACCGUCAGAUCAAGGGACCAAAGGGUCGUAGAACUUCAGGUAGAAGCCGAUCAGUUAAGGGAACAAGCUGCCAGACAGAAUUCUAUCGUUUCCAGUCUAAAGAAACGCAUACAGGAAUUGGAAGAGCGAGAGAGAAAUCUUUAUGCGAGUCAAGGAAGGAACGAGAUCACGAUACAAGGUCUACAGCGAGAUGUCAAAUAUCACGAAGAGAAGGUCAGGGAAUACGAGAGGAAGAUUCGACAGCUUGAGCAUAAUUUCUCCGAGGAGAUACAAUUAAAAGAACGAGCGAGAUUAAAUCUUCAGGAUUUUGUGCGGCGACUCGCACAUGCACUGAACGUCGAGUACUGUGAAACGGCACAUCACAGUCCGGAAGUCGUUAUCCACAAGGCGGAAGAAUUGGUGCAAGAAGUGAAUCGGUUACGGAACAGGGGCACUACAAUCGAAACACAACUUAGCGAUAUUGAGAAUGAUUUUCGAAGUUGUAGGGACUCGCUAGAUCGCAUUACCACAGAAAAAGAACAACUCCAGAGGCAAGUGUCUACACAACUGGUCGAUUUGGAACGCUUACGACAGGAGAAAGAAUGUCUGGAAAUGCAAUACAGGGUAGCCGAAAGAGAGAUGAACGAUCUUAGAGAUAAAUUGGUGAACGCGAACAGAAAUAUAACGAGUGCUACAGGAAAUAUAUCCAAUCAGGAAGCAGUGAUCUGCCAAUUACGAGAUGAUUUGAAGAAUCGCGAGGAAAAAGAACAACGUUUGCAAACAGAACUAAGACACUUAUUGGAAUCUUUAGCGAUUCUAUUGAGUACACCGAGUAGAUUCGUGGAAUCUCACGAAAAUGCGAUAAAGGAUCGGAUUAGAGAGAUCCUUGCCGAGAGCAAAGAUCAAGCAUUGAAACUUCAAAACCUACGAGAGAAAGUGAACGCUGCCACGGAAUCUGCCAAUCGUCAAAGCGAGAUGCUAGAGACCAGUAUGAUGAAAAUGCGACACCUUGAAGAGGAACGAUCGAGUCUCGAAGCGAAGAUACACAAAUUAGAUGCUGAAUUAACCAGCUGUGAGCUCACCAAAGAGUCUUUGCGUAGAGACAAACAAACGUUCACGACGUUUCUCGAACGAUUGGGAAAAGCUAUGCAAAUCGAGGAAAUUUCGGAGGACAUCGGAAUCGAACUACAAAUUGAAUCCUUCCUUGUAAGGGCCGAACAACUCGCCAGAUUAGAAACGGAUAAAUUAGUAGAUAAGUACUUGUACUCCAGCUACACAACAUUACCAAGGAUUCGUCGUGAGAGAUCCUUUCACGAGCUUCCCUCCCCAAAAGACACGUCUGUGGUUUAUCAAUUGCAACGACGCGUGAGAACCCUGCGGGAGCAACUGCAAAGACGAGAUCUUCACUUGGAUCUUCUGCGUAGAAAACUAUCUCUUCAGGAGGACAGCGUGAGAAUAAAGUCGUUGUUGCAGAGCGAGAGGGAUGAGGCGAAUCUCCGUGCGAAAAAGUUAACGAAGCAGGUCGAACGAUUGCAAUCACAAUUGUCAGAAGAAAAAUCGCGAAAUCGAGAGUUGAGUGCUCAAUUAACAGAAGCUGCUGAUUACAAGAUAGCGGCAUUAGAAAGAAGUAGGAAGAUAGAGGAACUCCAGAAACGUCUCGUAGAAAGCGAGAUGUUGAGAACGCGUUAUACCAGAAAGCUGUCCAUGUUGAAAGAACAAAUGAGAACGACGUCUGAGACGGCUGAGCAAGAAAGAUCUAUCAACGAUCAUUCUCUGCAGCUUCUUAGAGAUGAGCUGGCGCAGGUGAAGCAAAAUCUCACCGAUGUUACUAGAAGAGAAUCUCAGUUGCAGAGCUUCCGCGUCUCCAUAGUGAAAUUAUUGUCGGAGCCAAUCUGCACUCCCGAUUACGAGAUCAUUACGCGACUGCAGAAAAUGGUGGCAGCUCAUCGCGACUUCACCAUGCUCUCGCGUAGAUACGACGAACCACUGGAAGCGAGUCCCUCAAGGUGCACGAGCAUUCAUCAGAUUCAUUCGAUUCAUCCACCAAGGUCACCCGGCUCUCGAUGUACGCGUUACGAAGACAGCGGAUUUGCAGAUCCACCAGAUUUACAUGACAUCGAGGAUGAUUUUAACAAGAGACCCGUAAGGAGUAGCCUACUUCCGUGACGUCGGCCAAGAUUCAACGUUUGAACGGUUGUUCUUUUGAAUCAAUGACGACAGCCUCUGAUCGUCGAUCUCCGCUUCUUAUUAGAUUUAUAUACGGACGAAACGAUGCGUAAAGCGAACUGUUUAUAUCGUCUAAACGGACGACUUCUACGAUCGUUUUCCUGCAACUUGAAAGAAAAUAUUUCUUAUAUAUGAACAACAUUACUUCGCCACGAUCAUUGAAAUGAUUUAUCUUUCCUAAUCACAAAUACGCAUUACGUUAUAAUUUCCUGAUAACAUAAAAUGUAAGUCAAAGAUCUAAUCUAAAAACAUGAAGUUGAAAAUUUUAACAAAUGAAAGUAAUCAAACAUUCAUAUAUGUACAUAUAUUGUUAUAUAUUAUCUAUGAUUAUUAGUAAUAAUCUAUGAUUAUUAUUAUUAUUAUUAUUGUCAGAAAUAAUUUUGUAAACAAAAUUUUUGUACGAUGAAUGAACCUUCACUUUUUUAUUUCCAAAAAUCUAGUACAGCAUUUCGUAAUCAUAUUUAUAAUUUUUUCUGCAGUUAUUAAUACGACAGAGAAUGGAAUAGUACGAGUGACUACAUAUUACAAAAGAAAAGUGUUCUUCGUUAUUCGAGGUCAAUCAAGAUAAUAAUAUGAGUAAUUAUAACUUAUAUAAGUUGAUAACUAAGCGCUUAUAAAUCGAUAUAAUUUUUCGAUUCAACGACAUCACAGUCGCAAGCAUUGACCGUGAUGGAAAUCGUUUUACGAUCUAUAACGAUCUUAGAUAUUAAAUGAUCUUUUUGUAGCUUUCUAAUAUUUUUUUCUAUUAUAAUGAUUUCUUUUUUCUAGUAUAAUUAAUGGUCAACCUCUAUAAUUAAUUUGAAAUAUAGUUUUGAACAAAAAGAAUAUUUUUUAUUUUAUAAGCAUUGCUACUGUUUCAAAUCUAUUCGAUCCUACAUCAGUAUGAAAUAAAAGAAUAAAUUGUGAAACUUGUUUCCAAGCUACUUACAUCGUGUCAUAUACAAACGAGUGUUUUACGAACUUUCGUCUAAUAUCUCCUUUCGAUACCGGAUUAAAUACAACUCUCACUUCGAGGAAUUGGUUCGUAAAAAAGGAACACUUACGGAUCAUUGAAAAUUUUUAAAAAUCAUCGAAAGUGAACUCUUUGUUACCUGUAUAAAUAAAAACAAGAACAGGUUGGAUCAAACAAAUUUCAAAAAUGACAAUGAAAUGAUAAUGUUGAAAUUUUUUUUAUUAAAAAUCACUCCUAUGACGCACAAAACACUAUUCUUAUAAAAAAGUUAAUGUAUCAUUAUAAAAAUAAAAUUAUGUAUCAUUGUUUUCACUGAUAUAUCCUAAAAAUUGUAAUGUGUAUGUCUGUGUGUGUUUUUUUCCUUUUCUUUUUUUUAAAAUUUGACAUCAAAACUAUAAUUUUACAUUAAAAUCUAUCAUGAGAGCUUAACUUCUAUAAAGGAGAUAUUGAUAUGCUCGUCAAUCUCAAUCACGAUCGGCCAACUUUACCUAUUUAACUAACAUACGAUGCAGAUCCACAUUUCUUUCAAGUUGUUUCUCGUAUAACCGAUAAUUCGAAGCUCCACUUCCGAUCGACAUGGUUCCAAUUUUCAUGCAUGGUCCUAUGUUGCAAAUGAGCGACCAUAAGCGAUGGAAAAUGGAUAUGAACGUAACGGUAUAUACUCGAAUAUCGUAAUUACUCAUCAAAAAUCGUCUUGCCAGAACUCGGAUCGUACAUGUACACGUACAUGUACACGUACACACACACACACACAUACACACACACACACACAUACUUAGUCCACUCGUUGCUCAUUCUUUUGUAUAAUGAGAUAAUGUUACGCUCUUUAUUACACGCUCACUGUUCAUCACCGUUAACAACACCGUUCGGAGGGCGGAUCGUUCUUUAACGAGCCUUUAAAAGGUCUCCCUUUUUGAAUACAAAUACAUAUAAGAAAGAUGGAAAAAUGGGGUUUCAAAUGUUUCAAGCGUUUAAUGUAUAUUUCGGAUAUAAUUUUUGAAAAUA